CCUCCCAAAACUCAUCCAGCAAACCCUAGAGUUAGCCCUUCUUAACUUCACCCUCUUCCCGCCAAACCAAAAAUCCACACACACGGUCAGAAUCACGUCGUCCCUCAAUGGGUCUGUCCCAAAUCCUCAAUCGUUUACCAAGAUCAAUUGCAAAACCCAAUCUCUCGAUCCAGAAAACCAACAAUACCUUCUUUCAUUCCUCUCUUAUUCCUUGUACGUCCACCAUUGAAAUUUCUUCACUGAUACCCCAUAAAGAUCAAAACUUGGCUCCCACUUCAACCAAUCAUCUUGAAAAUUCAAUUGGGCUUCCUCACCAUCCAUUUCUUCUUCUGGGUUGCAGAACUUUAACCUUCCACAGAUCAAUCCAUGAUGAUUCGGCGAAUACCCAAGUUGUUAUUGAUGUCAAUGUCCCAAACCCAGAUGUUGAAUGCGGCCGAAUUGCUGAAGACUCAGAGAAACUCUGCAAAAUACUAUCAAAUCAUCACACUUCUUCAAGUCUCGAGUCUUCUCUGGACCGUGCUGGCAUUGAGGUCUCUCCCACACUUGCUGUGGAGGUUCUGAAAAAGCUCAGCAAUGCCGGUGUUCUCGCUCUUUCUUUCUUCAGAUGGGCCGAGAAGCAAAAUGGUUUCAAGCAUACCACUGAGAUUUACAAUGCUCUGAUUGAAGCUCUGGGAAAGAUCAAGCAAUUCAAGAUGGUUUGGAAUUUGGUGAGUGACAUGAAACAUAAGGGUCUACUGACAAAAGACACUUUUGCUCUGAUUUCAAGGAGGUACGCUAGGGCAAGGAAGGUCAAAGAAGCUAUUGAAGCAUUUGAGAGGAUGGAAAAGCUUGGAAUGAAGCAAGAAUUGCAGGAUUUUAACAGAUUGAUUGAUACACUGAGUAAAUCCAGACAUGUUGAUAGAGCACACCAGGUGUUUGAUAAAUGGAAAAACAGAAAGUUUAAGCCCGAUAUCAAGUCGUACACGAUAUUGUUGGAAGGGUGGGGGCAAGAACAGAAUUUGCUGAGAUUGGAUGAAGUUUAUAGGGAGAUGAGUGAGGAUGGGUUUGAGCCGGAUGUUGUGACUUAUGGAAUCAUCAUCAAUGCUUACUAUAAAGCUAAGAAGUACGACGAAGCGAUUCAAAUGUUUCAUGAGAUGGAAACCAAGAAUAUCAAGCCAACUCCACACAUAUACUGUACUCUGAUCAAUGGAUUGGGUUCUGAGAGAAGGCUCAGUGAAGCUCUGAAGUUUUUUGAACUAUCCAAGGCUAGUGGUUUCGUUCCAGAGGCACCCACUUAUAAUGCGCUUGUUGGGUCUUAUUGUUGGUCACAGCGGAUAUAUGAUGCAUAUAAGGUGCUUGAUGAGAUGAAGGAACUUGGGAUUGGUCCAACUUCUAGAACGUUUGAUAUAAUUCUUCAUCACUUGAUCAAGGCUCGGAGGACUAAAGAAGCUUAUACGGUUUUCCAGAAAAUGAGCAGUGAGCCAGGAUGUGAGCCUAGCGUGAGUACGUAUGAGAUAAUUAUGAGGAUGUUCUGCAAUGAGGAGCGGAUGGAUAUGGCGUUGAGGGUUUGGGAUCAGAUGAAAGCAAAAGGAGUCCUUCCUGGAAUGCAUAUGUUCUCAACAUUGAUUAACAGCUUGUGCCACGAGAAUAAGCUAGACGAUGCCUGCAAAUAUUUCCAGGAAAUGCUGGAUAUGGGUAUUAGGCCUCCUGCCCAGAUGUUCAGUACUCUGAAACAGGCUCUUCUUGAUGAUGGGAAGAAGGAUAUUGUUCUAAUUUUGGGUCAGAAGCUUGAGAAACUGAGGAAAACUCCACUAGUUGGUUGAGGGCUGGGGAGAUGUGACCCAGCACCACCCAUACCCCUCCACUGCCACCUCUACCGACACCACACAACCACCAUGACCACAACCAAUAUCACAUCAAUGUUAGGAUCACAACCAAACGUUGGAAAAUAUUUUCUGUAGACACAAACAAUAGUGACUCUUUAUGUCACUUUAAUUAAGACCUUCUUACAUUCAUUAGCAUCUCAUCUGUGCAAAAGGAACAUAAAAAUUGCUAGUUACCAAUUCUUGGUUUCUGACUCCAGAGAUAGCUGUCUGUGCAGAAGAAGCAUUGAGGCAUUUGGAAGCUCUGAAUGGAAGCAAACAUUUGCUUCUUUCCCUGUGGUCUGUGCAGCUGAGUGCAGAGGUAGUUUCCAGUGACAUGAGAAUAUUUCUGCAUUGUAAAAUGAGGAAAAGAGGGAGGGUAUUGCUUCUGAAUAUCAUGAUAUUUCAAAUCCAAAAAUCAUGAAAUUGGAUACCCUUGGUCAAGAUUUUUGGCUUGUUCCAUGAAAAGACUUGUUUCUUUCUGUUUAUCUUUUCGUUUUAGAUUUUGUAUUCUGAACCUCGGACACGAAGAGCAGACUGUUUUAUAAAACCAGAAAUAGACAAGUAAUAUGGCAUUACAAUUACCUGCUUCCAUUUGUGACUUCCUAAAGCUUAUAUAAAGAUGCAUACAACUUUCACUGUAUCUAAAAUGGUCCUAUAUGUUGGCUUGAUAGAUAAGACUUAUUAGUUUUGUGUGUAAUGCCCAGGUUCGAGUCUUGUAUCCUAUCAAUUGAUUGUGAAAAGAAAAAAAAAAAGAAAAGAAAGAAAGAAAGAAAGGAAAAAAAAGAAGAAAGUCCUAUUGUCUUUAUGGCUCUGCUUACACUCAAAGAGUCAUCUCUUGCUGGCUUAAUCGCUCUGCACCCUCACGUUGUAAAUAUCUGUUUUCAUUUUAAGAAACUCACAGUUUAGGGGAGUGGGUAUGUUUUAUACAGAGGUUAGCUUCAAGGACUAUAUUGCAUCCCUUUUGAGUUGGCAAGGAACAUGUUGAAGAAAUAGCGAUGAGUAUUCACUGAAAUUAGUGACUAAUUCAAGCAUGUCAUUAUCAAUAGGAGCAAACUCAUGUUAGCUCUGGCUGAUCAAGAAAUCCUAGCAAUUGCAGAUCAAACUAACAAAUGUACAGAUGGUAGUGAGAUCAUGGAUUCUGGAAAGCACUCUCUCUGGCAUGCCCGAAUUCCAAACAAAUUUAUGGAAGAUGUGCUUGAACAUUCUUCCGGUCCAUUCAAACCUGAAGAAGAGGAAGGUGUUGCAAGUGGAUAGAUGUGCAUUUUGUGGCGAAGAAAUUGAGGCAUUGAGCCAUCGCAUUCGUGAUUGUUGUUUUUGCAUCCCAGCAUAGCCCAUUGUACUUUGUUCAGAAACUGUGCCCUGUGACAGAUUUCUUUGGCUUGGUAAUGGAUCUGAGUUAACAAUUGGAUCGCAACGGUUUGGCUUUGUUCUUAAUUGGUUCUGUGCUGUGAGUAUUUGGAAUACCAGGAAUGCAAUUGUUCAAUCAUAAGAAGAGGUUGGCAGAGGAUGUUGGCAAGUUAUCUGUAGGAUUUCAUUUGUGCUCAGUUAAAAGAGGCUUCUCCAGAUCCAGUGUGCCAGAACGAGCCCUGCAAAUUGAAAGCUCCCUUGCAAGAUGGUAAGUAUGUAGAAGGAUUACAGCAAAACAGAAGCUUCACGACGAACAACAUCCAAUUCCUUGCCAUUUUUGCUAACCCACGUGCCAGCUCGUUGCCCUGCCGCCCCACAUGCCAUCCCUCGCUCAUUUGAUUGCUUCUUAACCUUGAUAUUUCUUUUUAGCUGGCCUUUAGCCUUUUCUCAUAUCAUAUCUUUUAUUUACAUUAAAUUUACCCU